CAACACCAGAGUGGUCACUACAUGUUCAAUCGUAAGCCUUGAACUGAAACGUUGUUGAGCUCAAGCAAGUUCCGGCACCAUGGCUACUACCGAACAACCUGGAUACAGAGCCCUCGUGGACAUGGGAAGUAAUGGGAUUCGAUUCUCAAUCUCCGACCUCUCCCCUCCCACAGCACGGAUCCUUCCCACAGUCUUUCAAGACCGCGUAGGAAUUUCCCUCUAUGACGCCCAGUACGGGAGUGGAAGCAAAGCGCCAAUUCCAGAGUCAACAAUCUCCGAAGUUGUCUCCUCUCUGCGGCACUUCAAAACAACAUGCGACGACUUUGGCGUCGCGGACAACAAUGUGCGGGUGCUAGCAACAGAAGCAACUCGCGAAGCCAUUAAUUCGGUAGAUUUUCGCCAACGCAUCAAAUCCUCCACAGGAUGGGAAGUCGAAAUGCUGUCAAAAGAAGAUGAAGGGCGUGUCGGCGCUAUGGGUAUCGCGAGUAGCUUUUCCUCCGUCAAGGGUCUGGUGAUGGACCUUGGCGGAGGCAGUACGCAGCUUACCUGGAUGGUCGCAGAGAAUGGACAGGUUCAAACCGCUUCUAGAGGUGCUGUCAGCCUGCCCUAUGGUGCUGCAGCCAUGACUCGGCGGUUGGACGAAGCAUCAUCAGCGAAGCACUCUAAGAAGGAAAUCGCUGCACUUAAGGAUGAAAUGCGCACUCGGUUACGUGAUGCGUACCAGUCUCUCGACGUGCCCUACGCUCUCCGUCAUGAAGCGGAGAACCACGGUGGCUUCACGCUGUACCUCUCCGGUGGCGGCUUUCGCGGCUGGGGUUAUCUUCUGAUGAGCCAGCACCAUAUCGAUCCUUACCCAAUCCCCAUUAUCAAUGGAUUUCAAGUUGAGCGCAGCGAGUUUCUCAAGACUGUCCAGGUGCAAGCCCUCGCGGAAGAUGAUGAUGUUGAUGUAUUCCGGGUCUCAAGCCGGCGAGCGAGCCAAGUCCCUGCAGUGGCAUUUCUAAUCACAGUGCUGGCAGAAGUCCUUCCCGAAAUUAAGGAAGUCCGAUUCUGCCAAGGCGGUGUACGAGAGGGAGCGCUAUAUACCUCUCUGCCGGCCGAAGUGCGCGCUCAACCCCCUCUGAAGACAGCAACGCUGACUUCAGCACCUCGAUCCGCUCCUGGCCUUGCACGGGUACUACAAGACGCAAUCCCGCCUUCGUCAACCGUCUCGGCGAUCUCCAAAGAAUACACACCAGAUCUUCUCGACGCCUUCGUCAAUCUCGUCUACGUUCACUAUUCGCUGCCAAAGGAAUCGCGGGCUGCGGCUGCACUGCGAUGUACAACUACAGGCCUUCUCGCUGGUGUCCACGGCGUUAGUCAUCAUGAUCGGGCGAUCUUGUCGUUGCUCCUGUGCGAGCGCUGGGGCGGAGAAGCAAGUUUGAGUCGCACAGAUACUCCGUUCUUCUCACGUCUGCAAGCAAUAGUUGGACACGAAGCUGCAUGGUGGGCCCGGUAUCUUGGUCGCGUCGCAGCGAUCCUGGCGGAUACGUAUCCAGCGGGCUAUAUUCCCAAUGCUGAUUUGGAUGGUUCUCAGCCACCACGGAUAGCUUUUUCUGCCGCCUGGCGACAUGACCUUGGUAAGAAAGCGCGCGAUAUGGGCGUCGAGCUGACGGUGCAUGUGCCCAACAGCAAUGAGUCGCUCAAGAAAAGCGUGGAACGUGUUGAGAAAGUAGGCAAGAAGAAGAACUGGGUUGGUGAACCGGCCUGGGGACUACGCGUCGAAGCCAAUUUGCAGGUUGGCCGGUAAUUAAGCGGCAAUGCAUAACUCGAAUGGGGAGAUAAGGCGAUGAUCCAUAUAGGCUGUUGGACAUCUCUAAGACUUUUGCCUACGCAACUUGAUCUCGGGGAAGCAUCGUCAUGUGUUUGCUUAUAUAGUUGCUUCGACGAGAAGGUGUAUAUGGCAAGGACUGGAGUUCGUUGGCUUCUUCACAAGGACUACGGAAAACACCCUUUCAAUCAAUGAGGUACUGUAAUGCAUCUUGAUCACGCGGAUUGACCCAGUGAUCAUCUACAUCCCUCAU